AUGCCGCCUUGGGGUCCGAACUGGCCAGAUAUCGACCAGGACCUGCUCCUGGUAUCUGCAUACAAUGGCCGCAGCCACCGGGAUCGCGAGCAGUGCAAGACGAGACGCAUCCCCGUUGACAAGUUCGCCGAGUUGGACAAGGCAGAAGUGGUGCUGAAGCAGGUCCAGCGACUGGAGGCCAGCAGCGCUGGCGACCUGAAACGCGAGUUUGCCCGCCGCGGCUUGACCGUGGAAGCCGGCAUCGAGAAGCAGGAGAUGUUAGCCAGGCUGACCGACGUGCUGGUGUGGGAGGAGCUUCCCUUGAUUGCAUUGCAAAAGGCCUGCAGCGAACGGAGCUUGAGCACCUCCCUUGGCGAGAGGGACGAACUCAUCAAACGCCUUCUGAGCUCCAUAGGUCAAGUCAAGGUGAUGGAAUCCCGCUUCAAGAACUUCUUCAACUAUGGCAACCCUUCGGAAGCUUCACAGGCUCCAAAGGGUCAAUCAGACUCACAUCCGCAAAAGUCCGAGAAAACCGGCUUUGGCGAUGAGUUUGACCGCGCGUGGGAAGCAAAAGCUGCCGAGAAUCGCCGGGCGUUUGCUGCAGGCAACCGAAACCACGCAGGGAUGCCAUCAGGGCAACGCCGCUUCGCCGGGCCGGGCGGGCCGGGCGGGCCCGGCGUGCCUGGGCCUGGUCGGGGCAGGCCAACUCAGGCUCAGAAGCCGCCUGUCGAGCGCUACUUUCGUUCGCUGGGCUUGCCGCCCUCGGCCACGCACGACGAAGUGCGCAAGGCAUACCGGAAGCUUGCCUUGCAGUACCAUCCGGAUAAGAAUCCUGGCCAGAAGAAGGCUGCCGCAGAGGUCAAGUUUCGAGAAGUGGCGGAAGCAUACGAUAAGGUAUGCGAGCACUUGCGCACAAAGUAG